GGUGUGCUAGAGAGGUGCCGUCCAUUUUUCCGGCAUUGAGGCAAGAGAGGAGGAGUUCGGCGCGGGUGGCUUGGGGAAAAAAAAUGGCGGCACUCCCAGUUGACGAGAGUUCUCUGUCGGUGGUAGCAUCCCCCGACAGUCCAGGGCCUGGUAACCAGGAAGGGCCGGGUGCAGAGGACCUUCCCAUGGUGUUCCUGUGCGCCGGAUGUAAACGGCCUGUAGGAGACACGCUCAGCUGGGAGACUAACGACGAGGACACCAACUGCAUCCUGCUCAAGAGUGUUACACUCAAUGUCUCAGUAGACAAAGAACAAAAACUUUCAAGCCAGGCAGGUGAAUACGGCUGCAUGCUUGAAACCUUGUUUUGCUCUGGCUGCAACAUGAACCUUGGAAACAUUUAUAGAUGUACCCCAAGACAUCUUGACUAUAAACGAGAUUUGUUUUGCUUAAACGUAGACUCCCUAGAAAGUUAUACCCUAGGGUCAUCAGAACAGAAAGCUGACAUCGAUGAGGAACCCCUCACGCUUGAAAGUCGAGCUAGUUUAGAAGAAUCAUUAGGAAGGGCAGAAACAAUACUGAAAGCAUUGGAACAACGAUUAUCUGUAGUGGAAUCAAGUUUUGCAUCUCUUCACAAUAUUAGCUGAAAAAAUUGGAUUAUUGCUAACAAUAAUAUUUCUGCAUAAUUUUUGUAUUAUUUACUCUUGUAAAAUUGUUGGGAUUCCAUCAAGAGUCUUGUUGCAAAUUACAAAACUCUAUUCAGUCUUCUGGUUAAGAAUACAGACACCUGAGGGAAAAAAAAACAUCUCUGGAGUUGAAGAAAUUUCUAGGAAAUCUUGUAAAUACAUCUGGGUCUUUUUACAAUAUUUUUAAUCUCUGACAUUCUAAAUAACUGAAAUUCCAUACUUUCGUCCUUUCUGUUGCUUUGUAUACCACAUACUGUUUCUGACUUGGCUUGGCAGCAUAGGUUGGAAUGUACGUAAUCUACUUUUGUGGAGAAGAUGAUGACUUUGGAUACCUAAUGGAUUCAGGGCAUUACAGUUGAAUCUUCUAUGUGUUGUAGCAGCCAUUUAAUUCUCUGCUAGUUAGAGAUACCAAUACAGUGUGUGUAAUAUACUGGCUGAGGCCACAUCUAUACAUAUUUCUUAGCUUGUGUUGUUCAAAUGAUUUUUUUUACUGUACUUUGAAAUACCCAAGAAUAAGUAACUGUCUAGAAAAUUCAAACUAAUAUGGCAGAUAUUUUAGAAAAUAAAGUAGCAAAAGUUAUAUAAUUUAAAGGUUUGUCAUUGUAUUUAGGAAGAAUUGUUCUCUAAUACCAAGAAUGUUGUUUAAAAAUCAAAAUACUUGAAUACAGUGAUGUAAAUGUUUCAGUACAAAUAAGAAUUUAUAAUUGAAUUGGAACUUAAAAUUCAGUAAAGUUUCAUUGAAAGUCUUUGUGCUUAUUCAUUACUUUAUUUUGUAGAAUAGAAGCUACAUGUAGUUUGCCACAUUGAAAUGCCUUUUAUGUUCCAAAUAAAUCUAGGUGGAAUUAGUCAUCAGAGAUCUCUCAUUAUGUUGCAGCACAUUUUGUUCAUCUAAAUAGAACACAUCAUGCUGGUUUGUCCUUAUUUUUUCUUCUUUAAAAAUGGAAAAAGCAACUACUAUUCAUCAAGCUAUAAUUUGACACAUAAGGUGUAUGUGUGUGUAUGUGUAUUAUAUAUGGACAUUCAAAUACUGGUUAUUUCUAUUUGUUUAGAUAGAAUGGGUUAUGUUGAAUAAAAACAGAAAAUCUGUCUAUUGA